AUGUCUGCUACCAUGUUUUAUUGUCUGGCUGCGGCCGCCGUCCUUUCCACUUUGAUUUUCACGAUUGUUAGUGGUGUUGCUUAUGCCACCUUACUCUCUUUAUCCUCCCACGUCUCCGGACUCCCUCCUCUCGCCCUCGGUGCUAUCAGCUGUGUAGCAUUGAUUGGCCUCAGCAUUCUUUUGCAUAAAGACGUUCGAGGAAAUCAACCAUGGCCUGUCUGGAAGACAGGGAUUUUCGGCUGCACGGGUGUAUACCUCCUCAUCGCCGAUGUAUCUUCUGCAGGAACCAUGGUGGCCAACCUGCCUUCACCUUCAGGCAUAUGGAUCGCCCGCUCAGUCUUUGGGGCCAUCGCAUUCCUUAUGCAAGGCCUAUACUUUGGAUAUCUUCUGGGACAAUUGACGCAGAAGAAGCCCGAUCCAACCUGGCCAAGUUCCUUAUCCCAAGAGCUCAAAACACUCCCCGAAAGCCCCAUCUCGAUCGCAACUCCAUCAGCACCAUAUGAUCCCCAUUCUAGAGUAGCAGGGAUUGACACCAGAAGAUCCUCUCUUCGCAAAUUCCCUCGACGAUCCAACCGCUACUCAGGCGGGACACUAUGUCUCCAAGACUCGCGAGAAGCCAAAAACGAAUCAUUUGACACGGGCUCCUCUCUCUCCUCCCCAGAACAAUCACCAAUUCAAGACCAGUUCCUCAUCGAACGAGACACCCGACCUCUCCUCCAAGGCGGCAGCAUCCGCAGUAUGCCCAGCCUCCGAGCUGAAAGAAUCCAACAGUCCCUCGACAACCUAGUCUCCCCCUCUCCAACAGCAAGCACAUUCAACCUGGACUCCCCCUCUCAAUCCACAUUGAACUUGAGCCUGCUAGAGCGCGAGCACAACAUCCACCCCCUCUUCCGCUCCACCAGCCCAUGCCCAUCCCCCACACCCACAUUGGGGACCAUGGUGAAAGGCUCCCCGUCUGCCGGACAGACAAUUACCAAAAAUACAUUGACGCGGAUGCGAUCCGCGCGCUCCUUGCGCGAGCUGAAUAUGCGCACUCCCUCUCCGCUACCGGAGAGCAGGCCCGAGCUCGUGCGCCAGGACUCGGGAUCUGGGUUGUCCUUGAGCUAUGUGAGGCGAGCAGAGAAAUACGAGAAAAGAUUUUAUUUGAAUGAAUCGCCGGAGGAGAGGUGA